GGCUCAUUGAGAUUUGAGAGAAAAGAAAAUCUCAAAGGAGGCCAGCACCUUGAAAGUGCCCAACUCAAAAAAUGUUGUAUUCAGUGUGGGCCAUUAGGCUACGUAAAUGGGGAGGGGUCUUAAAAUUUAUCGCAAUCAAGGAAUCAAUGGACCAAACGAGGGUUGUAACUGUGUAAAAAAUGUUGGGAACUACUAGUGCUCUGCGACCUCCCCUGCGAGUCGUAUUGCUCCUCGCAACGUCUGCAAAGCGUCUCAACGCUCUCUCCGGCAAAACAGACAGGACGCUUUCUCAUGUGGAAGUCCAUAGUACCGGAGCGGCAUUGCAAGAGCAGGAGGAUAGCGCAAGCAGCGACGGUAUUGAUGAUUCAUGUUCUUUUUGAACUUCGCAACAGCAAGUGCCCCAAGCAAGGUCUAGAUGAAGCAAGUCCCUUUUUUACUUCGGACAAGACUCUGUCCACUUCAUUUUUUGGUUCCAACUAAGUCACGCGUUCCGAACCUCAUUUCAGUGAAUCCUUCGUCAUCGAUCAGGUUCCACUCUACCAGAUCCCGAAGAUGCCGAUGAGAAUACAACAAGAACAAGGCGUGGCUCCAGGAGUAGUCUUCCAUCUCCAAAUGACGAAGAAAGUUCUCCAUCUCCAUAUGUCGAAGUCACCGCGCGUACUUCACCGACAACAACAAGGAGGUUACAACGGAGAGCAACGGAGGAUGCCAAAGAUGCGUCCAUCAGACAAGUGACUAGGGAAGAGCUAGAGGAAGAAGGAGUGGUCCUGAAUCAAGAAAAUCCGGACGCCAAGACUCAGGAGACGACAGGAACAGGUGCAGUGGAUCAACGCGGUUCAGUAGUAGCAGGACAAGAAGCAUCGUCAACUUCAACAAGAAUUAUCAGUGGAAGUAAGGGUAAGGCUGUUGUAUCAACCUCAAGCUCAACGUCAACGUCGCCAAGUUUGAUAGAAGAAGACGCACAAAACCAAAAAGCUUCUAGUCGUGGCGACGGGAAAGUAGAAACUAAUCACCCAGCUGCACCUGCUGGGGAUACAACAUCUACGUCAUCUAAGCUUUCCAAAGGGGAAGACACUAUUGUAACCGAUAGUAUCCAAGGACGAGUAGUAGUAGACGCUGCAAGACAAGUAGAGCCUGCAAAGGACAAACAUUCUUCUUCUACCAAUGGAGAAACAGAAUUCUUAGAAGACACGUCCUCUCAGAAAUCUGACGUCGCAGCUUCUACUGCAAUUGACACCUCUGCCCCUGCCUCUGGCGCUACUGACUGGUACGUCUACGUAGAUUACGUUACCAGUUACAUAGACACGUCAAGGGAGCUACCAGCGGACUUUGGGUCCAAAGCGUUGGGCGAUGCAGCGUUUCUAGACAUCCUUCAGAAGGAGAUCGUUACUGCCACGGGCAUUCAGUCGGUCACCGUGCCGCAGUGUAUUUUUAUUUCCUUACUUGAUUUGUUUGGGUAUAAUGUGAGACGGUGUUGAGACCAGUUUCUUCAUAUUAUUUUCUAUGUCUAUGCUGGAAAUCUGCUUUUAGCGUGCGUUAUGUUGAAGUACGUAGAAAAUUUUCAACAGGAGCUUCUUUUUCUUGUCGUUGUGGUAGUUGACUUUCCUGACACCACACAUUGUGUUCCACACUUCCCCACAUACAAGUCCAAGCUACAGAUCAGCCGGGCGCGCCAGCUCGUGUCUACGACUUCACUAUUCCUACGGCUCCGGAGCCACCACUGAUCACACUCGGCAUUUUGCUUCUCACCGCCCUCGGGAUUUUGGAGCUCGCGACUAUUGUUAUGCUGAUGUAGAUCGCUAACUAAUACACAUACUAAUUGAUUGACUGAAAUAAACGAGUAGGUACUUAGAAUAAUCGAGAUAUAAUUGCUGGAAGAAAAGCAGCGCGGUCGUGACUCGUUUAUUUCAAUUAGCUACUCGCUUAUUUUCAUUUUUCGAGCAAUCAGUAUCAGUACUAGGCGAUCUUCUUUUUUCGGAAUUCGUUUUGUUGAUAUGAUACUAUGUAUGCUAUUAUGAAGACUAUGAUAUUUUUAUCAGUGCAGCAUAGAAUCUUCAAACGAGUUAUACUCUAUUAGGUCGCAAGCGCUAUUGCAAUCUACCUCGUGCUCGUCAUCUUUGCUGUACUUACUAUCUCCAUCAUAGUAGACGAGCCUGGUUGUUGCCCUUCCUGGAGCCUCUGACUUCAGCGUCUUAUACAAGCUCGCAAAGGAAGCGAAAUUGCGAGAGCCCUUGCAGAAACCUACAGACAUUGACGACGACGAUGAUGAGUGGACUGACGAUGAUUAUGAGGGCGAUGACUCAGCACCGUAAUUAAGGCACUCGCCAAUUCAUCUUCCAAGUGCAUCCUUGAAAAGUCUGGGUGGGGAGUAUCGCAGGGGCAUACUCUCCCAAGAUUUUACUGAAGGAUGCACAUCAGAGAUGAAUUUCGGACAGCUGUAAUAAAGUGAAAUGAUGACGCAGGACGAGCUUCAUCCCUUUUUGACAGCCAAAGCAGGACAUCAAAGACAUCAAAAACUGCAUUUCGCUAAGACUAGUCGCGCGUGA